AUGGCAUCCAACUCCAAGGGCUCGUCGGCGGCAUCGCCGCCGCCGCCGCCGUCGGCGUGGACGAAGCAGCAGAACAAGCAGUUCGAGCGCGCCCUGGCGGUGUACGACACCGACGCCCCGGACCGGUGGCACAGCGUGGCCCGCUACAUGGGCGGCACCAAGUCCGCCGAGGAGGUGCGCCGCCACUACGAGCGGCUCGUCGCGGACGUCGAGCAGAUCGAGGCCGGCAACGCGCCGUCCUCCUUGGGCUACGGCGCCGCGCCACCGGCCGGCCGCGGUGGCGCCGCCGCUGUAGAAAGAUCGAUGAAAUAUCUAAAGCUUCAGUGAAGGAAGGG